AUGUUUUUCGAAAGUCUCCUCGUGAACCUCGCGGUAUUAGGUAUAUUAAUACUCGCUCUAAUAUUCGAUUACAUUACAAAGUUCUUCAGCUACUGGUACGUCCGUCAUGUACCCUAUAAAACACCGGUUCCAUUCUUCGGAAGUGAUUAUCAUCGUGUUUUAGGAAUAAGAAGCACCACCGAAGAAGUAAAUGCUUUAUAUACAAAAUAUCCUGAAAGUAAGUAUGUUGGCAGCAUCAAAAGCAGGAUUCCAGACCUCAUAGUGAAAGACCCUGACACGGUAAAAAGGAUCUUGUCGACGGAUUUUGCCAAUUUCCAUAGUAGAGGUGUAUGCUUGGACAAAUCUCAGGAUGUUUGUUUACGAGACAAUUUGUUUUAUGCUGACGGUGAAAAGUGGAGCCUAUUGCGUACAGGUUACGAAUCAUUAUUGAGUAUCACGCACUGCGAAUUGGAGAAUUUGAGUGACUGUUUGCCGGGAACAAGCUGUGAUGCGAACGUUCAAGAGAUAUUGUCGAAGGUAUUGGAUAAAGUCUUUGAGGAUUUGCUUCUUGGUGCCGACGGUGGGUCAGUAGUGAAAGAUUUAAGAUCCAUUGCCCAAAGACGUACUUUUAUACAGAGAUUUAAGACUUAUUUAAGGAACAUUAGCCCGUCCUUAUAUGUUAUGUUGGGAUUCGCAACUUUUUUCGGCGAGCCCUAUUUGAAAACAGAAAACAUUCUUAAGAAAUCUGUUUUGAUGUCUAAAAUUAGGAACCUUGGUACCGUUUAUCAACUAGGGAUAAAAGAGAAAAACAAGAAAAGUACUGAAGUAGAGUUCGCCUUUUCUAUAUUAGCUUCGUUCAUCACUGAAGGGUACUUACCGUGUCUAAAUGCUUUGACCGCUUUUCUGUACGAGUUGGCAUUAAAUCCCAAAGUGCAAGAGAAAUCGCGAAACUCUGUUUCAAAGAAUAAUCGGGAAGAAUAUUUGGAUUUUGCAAUAAAAGAAGUUUUAAGGAUGUAUCCACCUUAUUCAAUUAUUUCCCGACUUUGCACGAAGACACAUCAUCCGGAAGGUGGUUUACUUAUUGAUAGAAAUGUAACAAUUAAUGUACCAGUAGAAGCUUUACAUAGAGAUGAAGCAAAUUAUGUUACAGCUGAUGUCUUUAAUCCGGAUCGGUUCUUGGAAGACGGCGGAGCAUCGAAGCAUUGUUACUCUUACCUCCCAUUUGGAGCUGGCCCUAGAAAAUGUAUUGGAGAGCAAUUGGCUCUAAAUAUAAUAAAGAAGGUGACCAAGUGCAUUUUGAAUAAGUAUACCCUUCAUCCUUGUGCUAAAACACCGUCAAAACUGAAAAUGGUCGAUCACAACUUUGGAAGAGUUGUUGAUAGAGAUAUUUGGCUGCGAUUUGAAACUAGAGAUUAG